AUAAAUAAGAAGCCAAAUAUACUACAAGUAUGAAGUAAAGUAAGGGUUGAAGAAAAUAAUAAAAGUUUAUAGCAAGAGGUUCAACCACCAACAAACUUUUCUCUUUCCCUUAUUUUCAGAAUCUUCCGGCAUUGUUUUUAAUGUAACAAUGAAUACACAUUGAUCUGUUACCAGUAAUUACGUGUCUACAUCCUCAGCCUCUUUAUUUAUCUAUCUUCUUUUCCUCUCCCACCAAAUUUUGAAGAAAAAAAUUGUACCUAUUCUCACACGCUUUCCUCUAAUAAUCCCCAAAAUCAACUACUUAAUUACCCUCAUUGCAUUUUCUUUUUUCUCUUUGCAUGAACACACACAAACAAGCAAGCUAUAAAGAUUAUCUUGGCAUUGGCACUUUGAUCUUUUUCAUCAAGUUAAUGGGUGCCUUGCCGCCAUUUUAAGGAAGAAAAAAAACGAUUCUUUUUGUUGAAUCUUGGCACCCCAUAUUUUCCUUUCUUUGUGAUUGUACCUGCGUUCAAACUUUAGUAAAGAUUCAUGGCCGCGAUUAAAGAAAAUGCUAGAUCAAGUCUCAUACUAGCUGGUAGAUUGAUGAAUGAAGCUAUUAGCUUCCUAGUCUUCACUAUACUUGACAUGCUUGAUUUUAUCCUUUGUUAUACUUACAAAGUAAUCGAUUUCAUUGUCGAAGCAGAGUGGAAGCCCUGUUAUUGCUCUUCAACAAAAGAAGCCAUAACGAGCAGUGGCACAAUCUUGGUCUCCGAACCAGGAGAGUCCAAGAUUGUGUGUCUGACUUCUUCGAGCAGACUACACCUUGAAGAAAUCUCAGACACACUCUACACUCGGCCAUCAUUGGUGACCGAAGUGUCUAAAUCCACUGUCAAUGAGCUGAAACGCCGCAAAUUUGACAAUGCCGCUGUCAUACAGCAGUCAUGUGAGAGGUUGAAAAAUGGAAGCGUACGCUCAACUUUCUCUGUUAAUUCCACCAUAGUAGAAAUGCUCCAAGGCAAAAUGGGUGGCAAAAUAUCUCAUGAUCUUACUCCUAGGUGGUCGGAUUGUGAUUGUAACACUUGUAAUUCUUGGUCAUCCUCUAGCAAAGAUGCACUUUUUGUCCGAGUUGAUGGUGCCAAAGAGAACGUGCAAGAAGAUGUAAUAUUCAUUCAUGGGUUCAUAUCAUCAUCAGCAUUUUGGACAGAGACAGUAUUUCCAAACUUUUCAAAGGCAGCAAAAUCGAAGUACCGUUUAUUUGCAAUGGAUCUACUAGGAUUUGGAAGGAGUCCAAAGCCAAGUGAUUCACUUUACACAUUAAGAGAACAUGUAGAGAUGAUUGAGAAAUCAGUAUUAGAGCCAUACAAAGUGAAAUCUUUCCACAUUGUGGCACAUUCAUUAGGGUGCAUUUUGGCUCUAGCAUUAGCAGUAAAGUAUCCUGGAUCAGUCAAAUCCCUCACUUUAAUUGCACCGCCAUAUUUCCCAACACCAAAGGGAGAACAAGCAACGCAAAAUAUGAUGAGAAGAAUAGCUCCAAGGCGCGUGUGGCCACCGAUAGCGUUUGGCGCGUCGAUAGCAUGUUGGUAUGAACACGUCAGCAGGACUGUUUGCCUAGUCAUAUGCAAAAAUCACCGUUUGUGGGACUUUCUGACCAAACUUAUUACCAGAAACAGGAUUAAGACAUACUUAAUAGAGGGAUUUUGUUGCCACACACACAACGCAGCAUGGCAUACACUUCACAACAUCAUAUGUGGUACUGCUGGAAAAAUAGAAGGAUAUUUAAACAUGGUGAAGAACAAGCUUAAAUGUGAAGUCACUGUGUUCCAUGGCAUUGACGAUGAACUUAUUCCGGUCGAAUGCAGCUACAAUGUACAGUCCAGAAUUCCUCGUGCACACGUUAAGGUGGUCGAAAAAAAAGAUCACAUCACCAUUGUUGUUGGCAGACAGAAAGCAUUCGCCAGAGAACUUGAGCAAAUUUGGAAAAAUUCAACAACUUGAAAAUAAUUCCCAACUUAUUUUGACACGAAGAAGUACAAGUUAUGUGAAUUCCCCAUCCUCGAUCACCAUCAUUUUUAUUACCACGAGUUUUUUUAGGACAAAAAAAAAAAAAAAAACAAAGUGUUUUUAUCGUAUAAACCUAAAUUUGGACAAAAUGAAAGUCUGAUUUAGUUUUUUCUUUUUAUCUUUAUUUUCUCUUACGAUUUGUAUGUCGAAAUGAAAGUUGAAUGUUAAGAUUAUAGUCUAGUUUAAAUUUCAGCACAAAGAAAAAGUAAUAUGGGAUGUGAAAAUGUUUUCUUUAUCUUUUCUAUACCCAACGAUACUAUAAAGAGAUCGAAAUGAAUACCUGAAAUUAAAGCUUUUAUACU